CCAACACAACCUCAAAAAAUUUAUAGGUUAUAUUUAAGUAAACAUGGAUGAGAGAAGACCUGAAGAUGUGGAUGAAACAAGUUCAUCCUGUGAAUCAAGUGAAUGCGAAGAAGAAGAAAGUCCUUCAUAUCAAGUUGCUAUGUGGGACUUCAAUCAGUGUGAUCCAAAAAAGUGUUCCGGUCGAAAAUUGGCCAGAAUGAAUUUAAUAAAAAGUCUUAAAAUUAAACAAAGGUUCCCUGGUUUAGUUCUAACACCUACGGGAGAUAGAUGUGUUAGUCCAUGUGAUAAGAGUAUUGUUGAAAAAAAGGGUAUUGCAGUUGUGGAUUGUUCAUGGGCGCAAAUUGAUAAAACACCAAUUGCCGCACUAAAACCUGCCCAUGGGAGAUUGUUGCCAUUUCUUGUAGCUGCUAAUCCCAUAAAUUAUGGCAAGCCUUGUCAGCUCAGCUGUGUGGAAGCUCUUGCUGCAACAAUGUAUAUUACAGGUUUCAAAAAUCAUGCUGAAUAUUACCUCAGCAAAUUUUCUUGGGGCCAUUCAUUUUUUGAAGUAAAUCAAAAAUUAUUAGAUAUUUAUGCAAAUUGUAAAGAUAGUGCUGAAGUGAUACAGAAACAGAAUGAAUAUAUUGAAGAAGAGCAAAAUCUACAAAAAAAUAGAAGAGAGAUGCCUGAUUUUCCUGAGAGUUCCUCCAGUGACAGUGAAUAAUAUCAAUACACCUAUUUUUUAUGACUUGUUUUGUUCUGUAUUAAAAAGGGAAAAAG